AUGACCCACCAAACACACGCAUACCAUAUAGUCAACCCAAGUCCCUGACCACUUACAGGAGCUCUUUCCGCUUUACUAUUAACUUCAGGGUUAGUAAUAUGAUUCCACUUCAACUCUAUAACCCUAUUAACCUUAGGAUUAUUAGCCAACACCUUAACUAUAUAUCAAUGAUGACGUGACAUUAUUCGAGAAGGCACUUUCCAAGGCCACCACACUCCAGUUGUCCAAAAAGGUCUUCGCUAUGGCAUAAUCCUCUUCAUUAUUUCAGAAGUAUUCUUCUUCUCCGGAUUUUUCUGAGCUUUUUACCACUCAAGCCUAGCUCCAACCCCCGAAUUAGGAGGAUAUUGACCUCCAGCAGGCAUUACUCCCUUAAACCCAUUAGAUGUUCCCCUUUUAAAUACAUCUGUUCUGUUAGCCUCAGGAGUAUCCAUUACUUGAGCUCAUCAUAGCCUUAUGGAAGGAAACCGCAAACAUAUACUCCAAUCCCUAUUUAUUACAAUUUGUUUAGGCUUGUAUUUUACUCUUUUACAAGCAUCAGAAUACUAUGAAACUUCCUUCACAAUCUCCGAUGGAGUCUACGGCUCCACAUUCUUUAUAGCUACUGGAUUUCACGGUCUCCAUGUCAUUAUUGGCUCAACUUUCUUAAUCGUAUGCCUCCUCCGACAAUUAAAAUUCCACUUUACAUCUAAUCAUCACUUUGGGUUUGAAGCCGCCGCUUGAUACUGACAUUUCGUAGAUGUAGUAUGACUUUUCCUAUAUGUAUCCAUCUAUUGAUGAGGAUCCU